AGUUGAGCAGAGCUGAGAUGCCAUUACAGGGAGGAGAUCUGAGCUGAAAACAAAUGUUCACUGGAAUUUAAAGAAAAAGCUGCAGAAACUUUGACUUGGUGAGUUUUUGUACCAAAGGAUUUCUGUAGAAAAUGGCAGAGAGAGAUCUGUUUGAACGUUUCCUGAGCUGCCAUGUUUGUUCAGAGACUUUCAGAGAUCCUGUGUCUCUGAGCUGCAACCACAGCUUCUGUUCAAGCUGCCUGGAGAAAUUCUGGGAACAAACUGGAAACAAGAACUGUCCCGUCUGUUUAAGAAGAUCUUCUAAGGAUUUCCCAUAUGUUAAGUUCACUUUGAAGGAACUGGCUGAUUAUUUCACUGGAAGACAGAAAUCUGGAUCAUCAGAGACAGAAACAGGAGAAAAGCAGCUGAUGGUGGUCUGCAGUAAACACCAAGAAGACCCUAAACUGUACUGUGAAGACGAGCAGAGAGCUGUGUGUCCUGUCUGUGAGUUUUCUCUCCACCAGAGUCACAAAGUGGUUCCUGUUGAACAAGCAGUCAGAGAUCUGAAGGAGCAGCUGAAAUCUGACUUAGAGUCUCUGCAGGACAAAAGGAACAAACACAAAGAAGAUGUCAUGAUUUGAGUUUUUCUUUGUGUUUAUUUUAAGUUUCUGUGUC